CCCCGGCCCGGCGGGCUCCGAGCGCGGAGGGGCCCGGCCCGGCCCCGGCCCCGGCCCGCCAUGGCCGCCGGCGGGGACGGGGCGGUGAAGCCGCUGCAAAGCGCCAUGAAGCUGGCGGCCGCGGCGAUCGAGCUGGACACCGGGAACCGGCCGCGGGAGGCCUACGUGGAGUACCUGAAGAGCAUUAGCUACAUUUCCCAGGCCCUGCUGGAGGAAGCAGCGAAAGGUGGGAGCGAUGCCGUGACACCCGACACCCCAAAGAUGCUGAAGCUCGCUGAGCAGUGCUUGGAGCGAGCCAAGUCCAGCACCGCUGUGCUUGGGAAGGUGAAGCCAGCAGCCCACGAGAGAGGCCCCAGCCCUGCUCCCAUCUCUAGGCACCGCAGGGUCUUCUCAGAUGAGGGGGGGAAGCUGUCUCCCUUUCUCCCCCCGGAGAUCUUCCAGAAGCUGCAGAUCACCAAAGCUCAGGGCACUAAAAAGGAGCUCACCCCGCUGGAGGAGGCAUCGCUGCAGAACCAGAAGCUGAGAGCUGCUUACGAGGCCCGGGUGGCACGGCUGAACCCCAGCCAGGCUGUGCAGAAGACUUCCCUGACGCUGACCCUUCAGCGGCAGAUGAUGGAGAACCUGGUGAUUGCCAAAGCCCGGGAGGAGACGCUUCAGAGGAAGAUGGAGGAGCGCAGGCUGCGGCUGCAGGAAGCUGCCAACAGAGUUGGCACCCUGCAGUCUGCCCACCUGGGCGGCACCCAGCCCUGGCUCCAGAUGGAAAGGCAGCAGCGGGUCUCUCAGCCUGCCAUGUGGUCUCUCUUGGGCAGGAGGUUCUCCAGCAACAUCGCCCUCACCCCCGAGGAGCAGGAGCAGAGGGCGCUCUAUGCUGCCAUCCUGGAGUACGAGCAGGAUCAUGAGUGGCCAAAGCACUGGAAAGCCAAGCUGAAGAAGAACCCGACAGAUCUCUCUCUGGUGUCCGGCCUCAUCUCCCACCUCCUCAGCUUCCCCGAGCACCCCAUUCCCCAGCUGUUGACAAAGCUCCAGCAUGCUAUCUACAGCAGGCUCUACCCCAUUGUGAGCCAGAACCUCGCUGACCUGAGCACCGCUUCCAGGGGCUUCUCCUCCCUCUCGCUGGAUGCUGAGGGACUGUUAACCCCAGCACCUGGGGGCCGGAAACUGAGGUCCUCCCAGAGUCUGUACUGCAUGGCCUCCGUCCAGGAGAACAAGGUGAACUUGCAACACAGCCUGUCCACGGCGCCCCUGAGCGAGGACCUGGCAACAGAGAGCAGCCUGCAGGAAGGGACGGCUGCCUGCCUGGCCGACAGAGAGAGCUCCUUUGAGGACCUGGAACGGUUCCUGGCAGCGCCCGAGAGCUGGCCCACUGGCCCCCCAGCGGAGCCCCAGGCCCCAGCUGAGAAGAAGGCCUCUCUGCAGGAGCAGCUGAAAGCCAUCGUGAAGGACAUUCACAACUCAGUGGACAGGCUGCUCUCCCUGGCCCUGCUGGCUUUUGAGGGCCUGAACACCGCCUCCUCCAAGGACCAGUGCCUGGCGCGCAUUGAGGAAGCCUUCUUCUCGCCUCUCUGGGCCCCCCUGCUAGCCCUCUACAGGAGGGUCUACCAGGCCCGGGAGGUGGCCCUGUCCAGGAGCAUGGAGCGCCACAGGAACAUGCCCCCUUCGGAAAUAGGAGUCUCCGCUAACCUCUUCCCCCAGGACAGCAAGGGCCACACCGCAGGUUCCUACCCUUACAGCACGGCGGUACAGGAGCUGGGGCUGAUCCUUCUGGAGAGCUGCCCGCAGAGGAAGCUGGAGUGCAUUGUACGAGCCCUUCGUGUCAUCUGCGAGUGUGCCGAGGAGUACUGCACUGCCCGGGAAAGCUGGCCCCAGCCCGGGUCCGCAGCCAUUGGUGCCGACGACCUCUUGCCCAUCCUGUCCUACGUGGUGCUGAAGAGCGACCUCCCGCAGCUGGUCGCGGAGUGUGCGGCGCUGGAGGAGUUUAUCCACGAAGGGUACCUGAUCGGCGAGGAGGGUUACUGCCUGACGUCCCUGCAGAGUGCUCUGUCCUAUGUGGAGUCCUUGCACGGGGGAGUCCUGGUGAAGUAAUGAGGCUUUGCAUCCGCCUGCUGAGCAGAUGGGCCCUGCCCUGAUCACUCUAACCCCUCCUCGGCUGGGAGAUGCAACGGACACAUGUCUUCCAGAGACGCGACAUGGGGCCAAGGGGCCUGACUUGAAGAGGAAGGACCAGACAUUCCCCCCUUCCCUACCCCCCUUGUCCUGCCUGCUGUGAAGGGCAGGGCAUGUUCUGUGCAAUGUUUUGGGGUGGCAGUGGACCCGGGGUUGCUGCUUGGGUUGCUCUGCACCCGUCAUGCUAACUGUAACCACUACGGAGCGAGAGGAGAACGGCCCACGGGCUGCUGAUGGGAUUCAACCGGUAACUGCUGCUGCUCGGGCCUGUAUUGAUGCUUUUUAGGAGCCUCUUUGCUGCUUUUGUGCAGGGCUUCCUCCAGCCUCCCCCUGGAGCACAGAGCACAGGGGCGGGGAGGGGGCCUGCAGGGGGCAGUUACUGUCCCAGGGUCCCAUCCCCCAAGUGGGGAGCUCUCGGCCCGGACAGCUGCCCUUGCUGAAUCUAGGGAGGGCUUUGAGCUGAGCACAGGGUCUCCUUGGGGGCCACCAGACCUGGCCCGUUCUGUAGCCUCCAGCAGCUGCCUGGCCAGAGUGAGUGUUGGCUGUUGGUGAGGGAAGGCCUGGGACAGGUCCCAGCUCUGUGACCCCCUCGGCUCGAAAUUUGCCCUUCUGCCUGUUCGUGCCCUGUGCGGCCACUGCAGGGUCCCUGGGUGCUGCCUGGAGCCAGCUACUUCCUGCGUGCUGCAGCGUCCGGCCUGGGCGGUUUCGUCCUCAGUCUAAGGGACAUUGACACCGUGGUGCCGGCACCAAGCUCCUCGCAGCUGCAGCGGUAGGGUCUGCUCACCCGCCCCCUGGGCUGCACCCGCGUUUGAACUGUGUAUUUAAUGUGUGAGAGAGCGAGCAAGCGGUUGUGACACCCCACGGCUCAGCACCCAUCCCGUUUCAGCUGCUGCCCGAGGAGCCCUCUGGGGCCCGUACUGGAGUCCGAUUCCUCCUGGACGCGCCAGCCAGGGCAGAGCUAGCGUCUGUGCACACCGAUCGGCCGUGGAGCCUGAGGCUAGUGUGUGUCGGGGGUGGGGGGCAGCAUGUUCCAGCCCCUAGAGGAGAGUUGGGCAGAACCCCUGUGUGUGUUCUCCGUGCACGGCUGCUCAGUUCUGACCAGUCAGCGGCUUGAGGGGCAGGGAUAUGGCACCGCUACCCCCCAGGCUGGGGAGUGCUGUGUCCAUGGAGAGCUAGGGCUGCAGGGCAGCGAUUUCCCCUGCCUCAGAUGCUGGGCUCGUUUUGGCUGGAGCUUUAAAUGCUACUGAUCACAGGGCAAAAUCCCUGCUGAUGAAAAGCUACUGGAUUUUCUGGAGUUACUUGAGAUCCUCCCUGAGGCGGGCGGCUGAGCUGGCCAUGGUGCCUGUGAAUGGGGAGGUGAGUGGAGAACCUGGUGUGUCACCCAGGAGCAAUGUCGGACGGUCCGUGCCAUGCCAGCCCCCUUCUGGCUCCCCUUCAGGGAGAUUGGAGGCAGGGUGGUGGCACCGCCUGGCUGCGCCUCUACAUAGGAGCCGGAGGGGGGACAUGACACUGCUUCUGGGAGCUGCUUGAGGUAAGCGCCACCCACAGCCUGCACCCUUGACCCCCUUCCGUGACCCAACCCCCUGUCCCAGCCUGGAGCCCCCUCCUGCACCCCAAACUCAUUUCUGGCCCUACCCCAGCACCCACACCCCCAGCUGGAUCCUGCACCCAACCCCCAAUUUUGUGAGCAUUCAUGGCCCGCCAUACAAUUUCCAUACCCAGAUGUGGCCCUUGGGCCAAAAAGUUUGUCCACCCCUGGUAUAUGGAGACCUUGGCCUGCUUCACACCAUGGCAAACACCACUGAAAAUCCUUCUGACCUUGUGUUACAGAGACAAGACAAGGAAAAGCAGAUAAAGCCUUGCCCUGGAAAGUGUUAACAAUAUCCCCUGUUUGCUGUCCCUGGAGAGCUUUUAGCUGCCAGAGCUGGGGAAAGGAGUGAGCUGAGCUGGGUGCAGCUGUCCUUGCAGCUGUUCCUGUUCUGUUUCUUAAGGAGACAAGACCAGACGAGCACGCACAAGGGAAGGGGAAGGAACAGCAAAGAGACAAUGCAACUUCUGUCUUCUGUGCUGACUUCUGAUAACCUCACUGGUGGGAACACAUUGGCAUGGCACACAGGCUGCUCAGCUCCGGCAAACUCGUUCCAGCAUCAGGCUGGGCGGGGCACUGCUUGUAGCUGCCUCUGGGCUCCCAGUGGUGUGGCAGAAUAUACAGUCUGGGUCAGCUAAGCCAGGCUGAGGGGAAAGGAGAGAGAGGAAAGAGAAGAAAUAAGGUGGGGAAGCAAAAGGACCCCAGUGGGCGGGGGUGGGCAGGAGAUGAAUGCUCACGUCCCAGGUGGGGGUUGACCUGGCCCAGGCUUUGACGUUAUCUGGGUCCCUGUCUCUGGCCUGGCCUGGUCAGGGUGUCUCUCUGGAUUAGUUUGACAAAUGCCCGGGAUCCCAGGAGACGGGGUGGCAGCCGUGAUGGUGAAGCUCGUUUAGGUUGCUAAUUUUUCUCCCCAAUGUCUCUUUAAGGAGCCCCAGGAGGUGGUGGACAGCAUAGCCCAUCCCCUCAUUAUUCUGUCUGCCAGUUGGGCCGAGUUUCCUACACACCAAUUUUGGUUCCCUGAUUUCUGGUUCCACGUGUCUCGUUCACCAGGCAUGAUCUUAACAUGAUCCUUGAGUUACAGCAAUAGGCCUCUUGGUUAGACUGACUCGGCCCUUCUGUCUCCCAUUGCGCCUUUUCCCACCUCCACCUGUUCUAGGUGAUUGUGAGAGCUUAGAACUCGUGCACUUGUCACAGCUGAGCUCACCAUGUGGGUCCAGUUACCCCAGCGGGGGCCCAUCUGCUUCACUCCAGGAAUCCCCUCCGCAGCUCCUGGGGCCUGGACUCCCAGGUGCUCACAUGAGAGCGUCUGAGCUAUGAUCAUCUCCCCCCCCCAAGUGUGUCUUGGGAGCCAUCUUGUUCCAAUCACUGGGCUGGCUGGUAGGACUGGCGCAGCUGUUUCCCUUCAUAGAGCCCUGGGCUUCUUGGGUGUGGGGAGAGCUGGGGCCAUGCUCAGUCAGCUGGGGCCUUUGCACCAUGCUCAGCUGGAGCAAUGGCUGACCUGUGCUCCUCUGGCAGCUUCCUUAUGUGGGAAGGCAGGAAACAAUGGGAGCUGCCUGAUGCCCUCUUGCAUGCAGGGGGAACCUCCACCCAGCAUGGUGUUUGGGCUGCCGCAAGAGAUUUCUUCUGUUUCGAAGCCACCUGCUCUAGCCAUUGAAGGCUGAGCAGGUGGCUGGUUGGGGGCUAGGCUGUGUGUGCAGCAGGGUGUUUUCUGUCCCUGCCAUUCACUGCUCCACUCUCUCUCUCUUUCAAGGCUGCUUUGUUUUACUGUAGCAUCUUCCUGCGGUGGAGGGAUUGUAGCGUAAUAAAUGUGGCUGCUCCCCC